UACGUACUGCGUGACGUUAUAUUAUAAAAUAUCAGUACUUUUAGUACUGCAUGCUAAUGCCAGAGUUUCGUUAUAUUAAUAUUGCGUUCGAUGCAUCAAUAUCAAUGUAUCAACUGGAUAAUGUCUUUUUAAUUGAUUAUUUACCCGUAUUUCUCCGCAAGAGGCAAAAACGCUGCAGAAGUGAGCAAAAGACUUGGCAAUAAUCAAGUAGUGAGUGAGAAAGAAAGAAAGAGAAAGGGAAAUAAAUAUGGUGAUUCCCGGAUGCUGUGGUAGUGGGGGUGGUGGUGGAGGCCGGUUUGCGGAGAUGAAGGGCCUCACCCUCCAAGUGCUCCUGGGGCGGAGAUUCAUGAUGUUCGCGUCUCUUCUAAUCAUGAACACUGCUGGCUUGAGCUACAUCUUCGGCCUCUACUCCGGCGAGAUCAAGUCCAAGCUCGGUUAUGACCAAACCACUCUCAAUUUGAUCAGCUUCUACAAGGACUUGGGCGCAAACAUCGGCGUCAUCUCCGGCCUUAUCAAUGAGAUCACACCCCCGUGGGUGGUCUUAGCUAUGGGCGCGUCUUUCAGCUUUUUUGGCUACUUCAUGAUCUGGCUCAGCGUCACCGGAAGAAUCGCCAAGCCCCAUGUCUGGCAAAUGUGUUUGUAUAUAUGCAUUGGCUCCAAUUCACAACCUUUCGUCAACACUGGAGCGCUUGUCACCGCCAUAAAGAGCAUCCCUGAAAGCCGUGGAAUCGUCAUUGGUGUUUUGAAGGGUUACACGGGUCUUAGUGGCGCAGUUAUCACUCAGGUUUACCAUGCUCUCUACGUCGAUGACGCCAAGUCUUUGAUUUUGCUCAUAGCGUGGCUUCCUUCUGCUAUAUGUCUGGUUUUCCUUCGAACCAUUCGGGUCAUCAAGGCUACUCGGCAGCCAAACGAGAUCAGACUUUUCUAUAAUUUCCUCUAUAUCUCGCUUUGUCUUGCGGGGUUUUUGAUGGUCGUGAUUAUAGUAGAGAAAAGAGUCGACUUCACACAAAGCGAGUAUGGAGGAAGCGCAGCCGUGGUGCUUUUCUUGCUGUUCCUCCCACUUGCCGUCGUUAUUAUGGACGAGUAUAAGGUUUGGAAGAGCAAGAAAGAAGCUCUGAACGAUCCCGGAUCAUUGAAAAUAACUACCGAAGAGGCAACCCCGACGAAGAGCCCUGUCCAUCCACCACAAACUGGCACUUCCACAAUUUCGCUUGCGGAACCAGGAGCUGAAAAAGAACAAGUUUCUUGUUGGAAGACCAUGUUUCAGCCACCGAAUAGAGAGGACUAUACCAUACUCCAAGCACUUUUCAGCAUCGACAUGUUAGUGAUAUUCAUUGCAACAAUUUGUGGUCUUGGGGGCUCGUUAACGGUGAUAGACAACUUGAAUCAGAUAGGAAGUUCCUUAGGAUACCAGAAGAGAAGCAUAAGUACUUUUGUGUCUCUGGUAAGCAUUUGGAACUAUCUCGGACGUGUGGUCGCAGGUAUUGCCUCGGAAAUGUUCAUAACAAAGUACAAGUUUCCUCGCCCUCUCAUCCUCACACUGGUCCUCCUUUUAUCCUGCGUGGGUCACCUCCUAAUCGCCUUUAACGUCCCGAACGGCAUCUAUGUGGCAUCAGUGAUUAUUGGGUUUUGUUUUGGUGCACAAUGGCCACUGCUCUUCUCAAUAAUCUCUGAACUUUUUGGGCUUAAGUACUACUCUACGCUGUUCAAUUUUGCAGCGGUGGCUAGCCCAAUUGGGUCAUACUUGCUCAAUGUGAGGGUUGCUGGGCAUCUAUACGAUAGGGAGGCAGAGAAGCAUAUGGCAGCGUUGGGGCUCAAAAGGAAGCCCGGGGAGGACUUGAACUGCACUGGGGUUGACUGCUUCAAAUUGUCUUUCAUUAUCAUAGCCGCCGUAACCUUCUUUGGCACACUUGUUUCGCUCAUCUUGGUGAUUAGGACCAUGAAGUUCUACAAGAGCGACAUUUACAAGAAGUUCCGAGAGGACGCGAAUCAUGUUGUCGAGACUGAAACCACGAUGGCUGCAAAUGGUCAUGUUCGACAGACAGAAUUGGCACAGCGUAACUAACAAUAAUGAAGUCCGGAUAGGGACAAGGAACCAAUUUGGGAGCCAUUUAUGACCCAUCGAUCUAAUUUAUGUCCAUAAGCGACAGAUUUGGAUCACUUUAUUUAUACUUCUUGCGAUGUUGUAAUUUAGUCUCUCUCUCUUUUUUUUUUUCUUUUUUUCUUUUUUUUUAU